GCAUGACAUUUCACAAGAAUUCUUCCCGUCAUUCGUUCCAAUAUCAACAUCCAUUCCGAGCUCCAGACGAAGAAGAAGAAUUGGCUCAUAUUCAUAUCACAAUACGAUAUGCUCUGAUCGUUUUUGGAUUGGUUCCGGUUGUAUUGUUCCUGAUUGGAAUUUGGAUUGCGGCACAUCCACAUUUUACAGAAGUGGAUCCCACGCCGAAUACGACGAAAUAUAUCAGAGAAAAUUAUCAUGUUAAUGAAACUAGUCCUAGCAGAAUUUGGGUCUACUGGACAAAUGGUGGUAAGUUUAAUAUUGAUCCCUGGUGGAACAACCUAUUUGUCAAAAAUCAAUCCGCCUAUGUUUUUGGGUUUGGGAACCAUAGUUUCUGUAACCCUCGCCUCGACAAAUCGUAUAAGUAUACCUGGACAACAUCGAUAUACCGAGCUUCCCAGCUGUACGCUAGUGUCCAGACUGGAUUCCGAUAUGGAUUAUUAUUCGUGUUUCUUCCAAUGGUUCUCAACUCAUUUAUCCUCGCCAAAACACUAGUUAUUGAAAACAAAACCUUCACAUCAUUAAUGAUAGGAACCCUAUAUUUCUGCAAUGAAGUUGCAAUGCAUAUUUCAUAUUUUUGUGUCACGACGUUGCAUGUGGAAUUCGAAGGGAGUUAUAUUCCAUACAGCAGCGUCUACUUCUCAAUUGCAAUGAUUCUGUCAAUGUCGAAGUUGAUGCUGAGAAAUUUUACAGAGCCAAUCGGAUUAACAACCAUACUACGAAGUGUUGGGCUUCUGAUUAUCAUAAUUGCACAUGACCCACUGGCAGCCAACGUCCAAGAUUUUGUGGAUCACGUAUACUGCGAUACAUUUGUUUCUCCAAAAGUAUGCUUCCUCGAACUUGCCUGCAUUGGUAUCUUAUUCCUUAAUAAUCUUUACGACGUAAAUCAAACUCAAAAUCUACAUCUUGUAGUCUCACAGACUGCCGACGACCAAAGCAUCCAGAAAAUGGCAAAGAAAUCAGUUUUCAGACGAGUGAAAGUAGCGAGGAGAGCCUGAAUUAAUUUUUUAAAAGAAAAUUUGACAUUUUAGAUCCGGUGAUUCUACUUUGAUCUCAAUUAUAAAUUAUUAGAAAUUAUUAUUGAUAAAGAAUGAAUGCAAUAAAUUAUUGAUAUGAAAUAAAA